UUUGUCCUGUUUCUCUCUCUGUGUUUCUCUCUCUCUCUGCUGCGUGCGAUCUCUCUCUCUCUCCUUGGACCUCGCCAUAUCACUUAGGAAGCUCUCUCCUCAAUUACCCGCCUAAAAGAUUUCCAUUAAACGGAUCUCGGUUCCUCAAGGUAACAACUCCCCGUCUUUCUGCUGGUUUUUUAUGGGUUUCAGGUAACAACCGAUGGAUUCGUCUCUGGAAACUCUGGCUGCCGAUUCAUUGGAGGAGAGACCUGAGGGUUUUGCCGCCGCAGUAGGAGAUAAACGGCCGCUGGAGAAUGGGGAGACUGGGGAGAGCGGUGAGGCGUGCCUUGUUUCUACGAAGAAGUAUAGGAAUAUGAAUGGGGAUGUGAAGGAUGUGGCUCAGAUAAUUCUGGUGUUGUCGACAAUGGCAACGAUGAGAGCUGGUGAACUCCCAACCGAUGCGGAGAAGGAGAUGAUGGCGGUUGCAAGGGAGAAAUUGGCUAAGGUCUGCGAAUGUUUUGCUCCCAAGGACGUUUUUCCUAACCAGGCAAUUUUCACGGUUAUGGAUGAUCUUGGGCUCAGUAAACUGAAGGAACGGAGGCCUGGAGGAUUUGUGCCUCCAAAGAUGUCAAUUUCUGAGAAGUUAUUUUUCGCUAAACAAAAGAUGGAAAAAUCUCAAGAGAUUUCUCUGCAAUCAGCACAGCAAUCACAAAUUAAUCUGGAUAAAGAAAGUUGCACUCCGGGAAGUAUCCAACGCACUACAACUUCAGUUCAGGUUUCUUCAGAAAACCCUUCACAUUUAUCUCAUCAGGCAACACCAUGUGAGGGUAAGACAUCUGUACCUUCCAAUGCCACACCUUCUAAUCUGACCGGAAAUGGUUCUAGACCACCAUCAAUGCUAUCUAAAGUCCAAAGGCAACAUUUCAGACUGGAUCCAAGACCUAAUGCUAAUCCUGCUGGAAAUCUGUCAAUGCCAAAAUCUGCAGCUUGGUCUCAGCAAUCCCAAUCUACCUUGUCAUCUGGGUUUGGAGAAGAUAAUAGAGUGUUCAUUCAACCUUCUGCUACAAUAGAACAACCUUCUGACGGAGCUUAUUGUCAAAAUACUUCUCGAACUGUCUCGCAAGAGCUAUUGCCAACUCCUCAGGGAACAUUUUCACAAGGUGUAAAUUUGCAUCAACAUGUGGAGCAUAUAACAACACCUCAAAUUCCAAGAAUCCACCGUGAAAUUUGUAUGAUAGUUCAGGAAGUUUUACAAUCACAGACUCCGGAGAAUUUGAUAUGGACUCCUCCUUCAAGAGAUUACAUGAAUAAAGUUUUGUCUUGUCAUGUGUGCAACCUCACAAUUAAUGAGGUAGGUCAUUUACUUGUUUGUGAUGUUUGUGAGAGAGGAUACCACUUAAAAUGCCUUCGCACUUACAACCUAAAAGCAAUUCCAAGAGGUGAGUGGCAUUGUUUCAAGUGUUUGUCAUUAAAUAAAGGCAAAAUGUUACCCCUAAAAUAUGGUCGUGUGACAAGAAAUGCGAAUACAUCAAAGAUGGGCUUUAACGCUGCUCGCACUCGGCCAUCUCAAGAGAAGAAAGUAGGGGUAUUAGCUGGGAUGACCGUAACAGUGCACUCUUGUCCAGAGAAGGAAACAGGUACACCGAAUGGGAUGUUAAAUCAGCAGAAAAUAGUAUCAAAUGGAACUGACUUACAAUGUCCACCUGUUGAUGGCAUGGAUAUUGAUUGUAACAAUUUGAUAUCUGAUUCAAACAUGCAGAACAUGUCAAGCUCCGAUUCUUUCUCUUCUUCUUCUGUAGGCACAUUAGUUGAAAAAACAGUCCAUAGCAAGCAAGACCUUGAAUCUAAAAGUCUGCCUCAUGUAGAACCAUUAGGGAAUCAGUUACAUACUUCCAUCAACUACCAGAAUUUUGAUAAGAAAGGACUCUCAAGCAAUUUUGGCAUUCAAUUGGGUAGUAUUAAUAGUCAUCUCAAGGUUAAGCAUUCUGAGACAUCUAAUGGUACUAAUUUUGGUGCAAGUGAACAUGAUCAUGAAAACUUUUCACAAGUUGAACUUCUUGGAACAUCUGGAACUUGGUCUGUGGCUGCAGAUCAUCAUAAGUCAUCUGAUGACUUAUAUUCUAUUGAAUGGAUAGGAGAUAUUGUUCAAGCUAUUGGUGAUCUCAACUAUUACCAGUCUUGCCAAAUAAAUGGAGUUGUGUAUAAAUUGAAGGAUUAUGCUCUUUUCCGAUCUGAUGAAGGCAAACUAGUUCCUUCUAAAAUUCAAGCUAUGUGGGAAGAUAAAAAUACUGGAUUAAAUUGGGUUAUAGUUAAUCUGUGCUACAUCUCCACCGAGCUCCCUGCGUCAGUUGGUCGUCCAUGCUCUUAUGCAGACAACGAGGUUUACGAGUCAAAUCAUGGUGAAACAAUAUUGGCUGGAUCUAUUCAAGGGUUAUGCCAAAUUCUUCCGCUAGGCAAGUUUGAAGAAGAAACUAAAAGGAGAUCUCAUCUGGAGCCUUUGGCCAACAAUAAUUUACUGCCGAUAUAUCUAUGCAAAUGGUUUUAUGAUGAAAGGAAAUGUGUUUUUAGAGAUGUUUCCAGCUAGCUGAUGCCAGAAAUGUUUUAUUGUCAAUCUUACUGGGGCUUGUGCUGCAGCUGGUGGAUGCUCAACAUUAUUUUUCAUAAUCGAUAGAUUCUACAAGGAAUAGUCACUACUAUAAUUUUCAUUGCUGACUUACCACAUAAAGCCGAGAAACAGUGGCUUGGCUGGCUAUAUGCUGGAGGAGAAUCGAACUAUACACAUGUGGGCAGUCAGCAGCAGCAGUAGUCUUGUGUAAUGUUGUAGCGUAUUUCAUUCAUCUUGAAUUUGAUCUUCAAAUAUUUUAUUAGUUCAGUUUGACAUUGAAUAUUCUUUUUUUUUUGGUUCUUUGAAAUAUUAUUAUACUCCAUCAUGUAACAUGUAUAGAGUUGGACUUAUUUUUUGCUCCAAAGACAGGCAGGGAAUUAAAAGAUAUUUGUUCAAUACAUGUCAAAGGUUUCUAUAAA